GCCGCUCUGAGGUCACCCACGCCGCCUAGGUAUAGCAACACCACGGUGCAGGUGCAUAUGCCCGUCUGGCACCCUACUUCUGCUCCGCACCCAACACGGACACUCGUUCCCACACUCGCACGGAUACACCACUCCAAUACGUACUGCCAUUCGACAUGAGCCAGUUGCAAAUGGAUCACGACCACCACCAUCACCACCACCAGGAACCUUUCGAGGAUCACCAUUCUGGAUGGCAUGGCGAUAAUGGAUACAACCCACACCAUCAGUCUCCAGUCCAAGACUACAAUGGCUUCAACGGCUUUGCACCGCUCCCGAUGGAACCCAUCUACGGGAACGGCAUGCACCCACCCCACCAAACGCAUCCGACACCAAGGACUACGCAUCCACAGCUGCAGCCUCUGAUCAUGCCGCAGAUGCCACAAUGGCCGAGCAUGCUGACCAGCCAGUCGACUUACCAAGCUUCACUGUUCCCCUCAGCCCCACCACCGAUAACGCCGGCAUCAGCAACGCCAGUCUCAGCGAGCUCAACACAUUCCCGCACUUCGUCGACACCACGGAAGACUCUCACAGACUCGGACCGCAGACGCAUGUGCCAAUACCAUGAAGAAAAUCCCACUGUCAAGCAAACGGAAAUUGGAGCAAUGUUCGGCGUAGAGCGAAGUACCGUUUCGAAAGUGUUGCGCCAGAAGGAGAAGUACUUGUACCAGGACGAUGGUAGCCGAUCACCCAUAAAAAGGUCGAAAGGCAAAUUUCCGGAUAUCGAACGUGCCUUGUCGAAUUGGGCACGAAACCAUCAGAAACAGGGACAACAGCUGUCGGAUGCCCAGAUCCGAGAGAAGGCCCGCUUCUUCGCUCAGACCGUCGGCAACUCUGAGAGCCACCUCAAGGUAAACAGUGCGAGCUGGUUGGAAAAGUUCAAACAAAAGAAUCAUCUCAGUAGCGCAAGGUCACGCAAGACUUCGAUAGCAGAAGAGUCGGAGGGGACUUCGAAUCCGCCAUCCAAUGUGCAUACCCCGGGGGCCAUCUCGCCUACCUCACCUGGCGGGGUAUCUCCAGCAACAACGACCAUGACAGCGAAGAAGAGUCAGGAAAACCUCAAGACAGAAAGCCCCGACACAUACGACUUUUCGAACCAUCGCCGACCCUUCCAUUCACAAAGCAGUACUUCUUUGUCGAGCGUCUUCACAGAUACAGCCACAAGUCCCACGUCGCUUUCUUCGCCUUUCUUUACGCCUGAUUCAGCAUGCGGUCCGAGUCCAUUCAUGGGAAACCGUCAGCCUGCGAAUGGACAGCCAGGGACCAGCAACUUCCAAAGGCCACGAAGCCAGACCUUCCCCAUGCUUGUCGGUGUUGAGCAGUAUAUGUCACCACCCGGCUCAUCUGAUGAUAUCACCCCCAAGUACGUCAGUAGCGGUGCACUUGAUUCGCCCAUGACCGAGAUGCCUGGUACACUGCCAGUCAUUGAGGAAGGAAUGUCGCUUUCGCCUACCCAGAUGCCCAAUUCGAUGCAGCCCCCUCCUCUCCCAGGUACCAUCGACGACAAAGGCUCAUCAGUCGACUCCUCGCCUAUCACACCGUCCCAAGAGGAAGCUGCACGCGCUCUUGAACUCGUCAUGACCUUCUUCCAGUCACAGAACGCCGGUUUCGUUGUGGAGCCCCAGGAGUAUGUCACCAUUGGCAAGCUGAUGGAGAAGCUACGAAUCAAGCGCAGCUCUGAGAGCCUUCCUUCCGAGAUGCGACGUGUGUCAGAGCCCAACUUCACAACGACCAAGCUUGAAAGCGUCGACGCGAUCCAUUAGCGAAUCGGACAUGUCAUUCACUCAACGCAACCCUAGCCCUGUGACGCCUGUCACAGCACGUAACGCUGACGACCACUUUCCUUUGUGGAACAAGCUUCCUGAAUCGCUCGGGUUUGGAGUAGCAAGACUGUGCAACAAUUGCGGUCUAGAACACCGGGAUCAGGGACAUACACACACGGCUAGCAUUCCACAUUACAGUCACCGUUUGUAUUUUCUUUCAUUGCCGCAUCUUGCCGCAUUCUCGCAUCAGCAUCAUUAG